AUGGGCCAGGACGAGUACCUUCUCGUGUGGGCGGAGAACCACCGAGUCCUGACUGUCCAGUGGACCGACGACAAGAAGGCCUUCAGGGGCGACGAGAAGCUCUACGAAUGCUCCGAGGUACUCGCCGUCGGCUCCGAGCCGACCUUUGUCAUCCGCAUCCGCUUCAAGGACGCCACCAGCGGGCUGCCCAGCCGAUAUUGCCUCAACAUCAGGGCGGCCAACAUUGGCAACGUGUGGCUGAACUCGAACAAGUUCGACUCUUUCGCUGGUCGGGACCAUGCCGUUUGA